AUUUAGGUUAUUUCUAAUAUUUUGUCAAUAGUGCUAUAAUGAAUAAUUUUAUAGAUACAUCAUUUGUACAUGGCCAAAUAUAUUUGUAGGAUACAUGUUUACAGUGAAAUUGCUGGGCUAAAGGGCAUAUGCAUUUGUAAUUCAUAUAAAUAUUUCCAAAUUAUUUUCUGUAGAGGGAGUACCAAUGUAUUCCCACUAGUACCUAAGAGGGCCUCUUUCUCCAUGGCCUCACCAAUGGAAUGUUCCCGGAUUUUUGCAAUUGGAGAGGUGAAAAAUAGUAUCUCAGUAUGAUUUUAAUUUGCUUUUAUCUUAUUUUAGGAUGAAUAUCUUUUCAUGUAUCUUAGAGCAAUUGAUAUUUUCUCUUCUGUGAAUUCCCAUAUCCUUUGUCCGUUUUUCUAUUGCUCUAGACUUUUUAUCGAUUUCUAGGGGCUCUAUAUUCAAAGGAAGAUGAGCCCUUGGUCAAUGAUAUGAAUUGGAAAAAAAAUUUUUAUUUCCUAACCAUUUAUCAUUUGAUUUUCCUAAUGGUGUGUUGAUGAAAUUAAGUCGUUAUUUUAAAAAAGAAAGAAAGAAAAAUGCCUUGCAAGAAAGCCCUUCGGCUCUCGCCAGCACACCGCCCCGGCCUGGACUUCACGUCCCAGAGGGCCAGCGCCCUCCCUCCGGCGCGGGGAGGCGGGAAGCGGGCGCCGCCGCGUGGGGAGCCAGCUGAUGGGCCGUUGGAUGGAGGCGUCAUUUUAGCGGUCUUCAUUUUUUGCAAGAGUAACCCACAAGUUCCUCGGACAGGACGCGACAGAGAAGCAAUAGUCACAUUUCACCUCCACGGGCACUGACCAGGGUCCCGCAGGGAAUGGUACUGAGCCGCCGCGGAGAGCCCGCUCGACUUUCCCAGGAGUCUCCUUCACGGUGACGUCCUGCGUUACUACCGUUGAGUCUUCUUAUUGGCCGGGUUGCAGGCGUCGCGCCUGCGCGCUGCUUUCCUGUGAGGGUCGUGUGUAGACGCCAUUUCGGCCCCAGAGGUGCUUCUGGGAAGUGAGCACCGGCUCGCUCGCCGGCCCUCCGAACCGCCUGCCGGGGACAGCCUCUCCUGCCAGGGCUUCUCGGCCGGGGAGUUUCCGUCCGCCGCCGCCGCUGGCUCGGUCUCCGCACCCUCCAAAGCCGCCGGCCGGGCGGGAGCCUGCAGCCCCGGGCAGCGCCAUCGGGGGUCACACCGUCGGGAAGGAGGUGACGGGGGCGGCGCGGGGCGCGGACACUCCCCGCCGAGAGCCCGCCUGCCAUGGACUCGGAAUAUUACAGCGGCGACCAGUCAGCAGAUGAUGGUGGCGCUACCCCAGUACAGGAUGAACGGGAUUCAGGGUCAGACGUUGAGGAGGAUGUAAAUGAGCAGCACUCGGGAUCAGACACUGGAAGUGUAGAGCGUCCUUCAGAGAAUGAACCUAGUGAUCAAGAAGAUGGUCUCCACAAAAGACGUAUUACAGACUCUGAGAACGACGACCCCUCAAAUCCUAAUGCCAGUGACUCUGAGAGCGAGGAGCUUGCCGGGCAGAAGGGCAGCGACUCUGAAUCUGAAGGGCAGGCAGAGCUUCCUGCCAGUGACUCUGAGAACGAGGGCGCCAAUCAGCGCGCGAGUGACUCUGAGAGCGAGGAGGCCCGGAAACCACCUGCCAGUGACUCUGAGAACGAGGGGCUUCUUAAUGGGCAUGCAAGUGACUCCGGAAACGAAGAUGAUGGAAAGCAUCCUGCCAGCGAUUCGGAGAUUGAGGAGCCCCCAAAAAGUCCUGCCAGUGACUCUGAAACAGAGGAUGCUCUCAGACCUCAAGUUACUGACUCCGAGAGUGAGGACCCGCCGACGCACCAUGCCAGUGACUCCGAAAAUGAGGAGCUCCCCAAACCUCGGGUCAGCGACUCAGAGAGUGAGGAGCCUCGCAGGACUCAGGCCAGUGACUCAGAGAAUGAGGAGCUUCCCAAACCCCGGAUUAGUGACUCGGAAAGUGAGCCCCUGAGGAACCAGGCCAGUGAUUCGGAAAAUGAGGAGCUUCCCAAACCCCAAGUCAGUGACUCUGAGAGUGAGGAGCCUCCGAAGGGUCCUGCCAGUGACUCGGAAACUGAGGACGCCUCCAGGCGCCAAGAGAAGCCAGAGUCGGGUGACGACAGUGAUGGGGAGAAUAGGGGCGAGGGCACGGAGGCACAGGGUGACUCCUUCCACCCGGGCAGCCACAGAGACAGCAGAAGGCUUCACACUUCUGAUAGCGAGGUGGAGGAAGCCAAAAGGCCAGAAAUUGACAGUGAUGAGGAUGAAGAAAAAGAGGGGGAGGAGAAAGUAGCAAAGCGAAAAGCUGCCGUGCUCUCCGAUAGUGACGAUGAGGAGAAAGCAUCAAAGAAGAGUCGUGUUGUCUCUGAUGCAGAUGACUCUGACAGUGAUAUUAUAUCAGACAGACCAGGCAAAAGAGGGAAGCCUCCAGCCUCCGACAGUGAAGAAGAAGUAGGGAAAGACUUGUCAGAUAAGAAAAAUGAAGAGAAGGAUCUGUUCGGGAGUGACAGUGAGUCAGGGAAUGAAGAAGAAAAUCUUAUUGCAGACAUAUUUGGAGAAUCUGGUGAUGAAGAAGAAGAAGAAUUUACAGGUUUUAACCAAGAAGAUUUGGAAGAAGAAAAAAGUGAAAUACUGAUUAAAGAAGCAGAAGAUUCAGAUUCUGAUGAUAACAUAAAGAGAGGAAAACAUAUGGACUUUCUGUCGGAUUUUGAGAUGAUGUUGCAGCGGAAAAAGAGCUUGAGUGGCAAGCGCAGACGUAACCGGGAUGGUGGUACUUUCAUUAGUGACGCCGACGAUGUUGUGAGCGCCAUGAUUGUCAAGAUGAAUGAAGCUGCAGAGGAAGACAGACAGUUGAACAAUCAAAAAAAACCAGCACUGAAAAAACUAACAUUAUUACCUACUGUGGUCAUGCACCUUAAGAAGCAAGACCUGAAGGAAACAUUUAUUGACAGUGGUGUGAUGUCUGCCAUCAAAGAAUGGCUCUCACCUCUACCGGAUCGGAGUUUGCCAGCACUGAAGAUUCGAGAGGAGCUGUUAAAGAUUCUGCAAGAGCUCCCUAGUGUGAGCCAGGAGACCCUGAAGCACAGCGGGAUCGGACGGGCAGUGAUGUACCUCUACAAGCACCCCAAGGAGUCACGACCCAACAAGGACAUGGCAGGGAAGCUCAUCAAUGAGUGGUCUCGGCCCAUAUUUGGUCUUACCUCAAACUACAAAGGAAUGACCAGAGAAGAAAGGGAGCAGCGAGACCUGGAACAGAUGCCUCAGCGACGACGAAUGAGCAGCACUGGUGGUCAGACACCCCGAAGAGACCUGGAAAAGGUGCUGACAGGAGAGGAAAAGGCUCUUAGACCUGGAGAUCCUGGAUUCUGUGCACGUGCGAGGGUCCCCAUGCCCUCAAACAAGGACUAUGUUGUCAGGCCCAAGUGGAAUGUGGAAAUGGAGUCAUCCAGGUUUCAGGGGACCUCCAAGAAGGGUAUCAGUCGGCUGGAUAAACAGAUGAGAAAGUUCACAGAUAUCAGGAAAAAAAGCAGAUCUGCACACGCAGUGAAAAUCAGCAUCGAGGGCAAUAAAAUGCCAUUGUGACCUUACCUGGGAUGUGUCCCCAUCUCUUCUCUCAGAAAUGCGCAAAUGGACUCUUUGGAGAAAGAAUAUGAUAUUUUAAAAAAUAAUUUUUUUAACGUAUCUGUAAAUGGUUCCACUCGUAUCAAUGUUGUCAUGUCUUGGGUUCCUCUCAGUUGUAUUUAAAACCAUUUGUUGUGUACUUUGUACAGAAGAAUACUGCUCAUACUUCUAUAAACUUUACACAAUAAAUGCCAUUCUGGUUUUGA